AACUAGCGUUAAAUAAUGUGAGGGGUUUGGCGGGGCAUGAGAUGUGUGGAGCAUGGCGAUAUUGAACUGAACAAUAGCUGAGUCGAUCGCCUUUAAUGCGACAAGAGUUCGACAGCAACUGAGUUUUACAUAAACUACGUGGUGCUACCCGAUAAAUAUUAGAGCUCUUCAAACAAUUCAUUACUCGAAGUUUGAUUUUCGUAUCUCUCCCGACCAGUAUUCCGUUCAUCAUCAUCAUGGCUACCUCACGCAAUCAGAACAGAACGCCCCUCCUAAUUAUCGGUGCUGGAGCUUCAGGCAUUUGUACCGCCAUCGACAUGAUAAAGAGGAACAAAAGCCGAGAUUUUAUAAUCGUGGAGAAGGGCGGCCAAAUUGGGGGGACUUGGAACGACAACAGAUACCCGGGAUGCUGCUGUGACAUAUGGAGUCAUUUGUACUCUUAUUCCUUUGAUCCAAAUCCUUCAUGGACUCGAGAAUACCCAACACAAGAGGAGAUCCUGGCAUAUCUUAUCCGGGUGGCUAAUUCAUGGGGCCUCUAUGAGCAUAUUCGUUUCAAUGCGGUCGUGGAAGAGGCGACCUGGGAUGAGUCUCUCAAACAAUGGUCGACCGUUGUUCGCACUGCUAGUGAGAAGGAGGCCGAAUAUUCCCCGUCCUACACCAUCACAAGUGACUUUCUUGUGUCGGCAGUGGGUCAACUUAAUGUGCCUGCUUAUCCGAGCAUCAACGGCCUUGAUCUUUUCCAAGGAAAAACCAUGCAUUCAGCGCGGUGGGACCGUUCGUUUGAUUUGAAGGACAAGAGAAUCGCGGUCAUCGGCAAUGGUGCCACAGCCGCACAAAUCAUACCAGAAAUUGCUGGGGUUGCGAAGAAUGUCACAGUUUACCAAAGAACCCCAAACUGGGUGAUUCCUCGAGACGAUAAGCCGAUCAGCAGGACGAUGCAAUGGAUGUAUCAAUAUAUCCCAACAAUUCGUAAACGUUAUCGCGCUGGUCUCAUGGAUUAUCGUGAGAGCUUCUACGAUGCAGCCGUCGACGAACACUCGGCCAUGAAUUCCAUCUUCAAAAAGCUGUCACUUGAAAUGUUGGACCGACAGAUACCAGAGAAUGCUACAUUGAGGAAACAAUUAACACCCAACUAUCCGCCUGGUUGCAAGAGGGUUAUCAUCUCAGAUGAUUACUUUCCAACCUUAAACAGGGCUAACGUCAGACUUGAAACAAGGUCCAUUGAGGAAGUAUGCUCUACUGGUAUUAAGGCUGGUGGCGAGGCUGAGGAGUUCGACUUGAUAGUCCUCGCGACAGGUUUCCGAACAGUCGAUUUCAUGUAUCCCAUCAAAAUCACCGGUCUCAAUGGACGAUCUAUCGAAGAUAUUUGGAAGGAUGGAGCAAUGGCUUACCUGGGGAUCGCGGUGGAAGGGCUUCCCAACUUUGGGAUGCUCUACGGGCCCAACACGAAUCUAGGCCACAAUUCCAUCAUCCUUAUGAUAGAAGCACAAUCUCGCUAUAUCAACACUUUGAUUUCAGCGACCAUGAAGGCACGUGCCAGUGGUGGCACUCUUUCAAUCGCCCCUGCCCCACAGCGUAUCAAAAGCUAUAAUGUCGAAAUCCAAAAGCGUCUACAGAACAGCACAUUUGCUAACCCAAGCUGUAAGAGCUGGUAUAAGACAGCUGAUGGACUGGUCACGAACAAUUGGUGUGGAACUGUUGUUGAAUACCAGGAGCGGACAUCGGUAGUUGAUUGGGAUGACUUUGUUGUGUCUGGGAGUGACAAAGCGCAACUUCAGUCCCAGGGUCCAGUGCACAUUGGCCGAAUAAUCGAAGAGACUCAGCAGACCUCGAGUCUCAUGUCGAUGGGGUGGGUACUCGCUGCCGGUGCAAUCGUUGUGAGUGCGAUAUAUACCAAAAUAGGGCCUUUAAGUUUCUUGUGA